AUUAUGUUGAGUUUGUGUCGCAGCCGCUGUCUUCAUAUCGCGAGGCGCCAUUGUCGCCACCUAUGCAAGUGCAACCAGCGAGGAGGAGGAGCGAUGAGUGGACGUUCCUGCAGGGAGGACCUUCCCACGAAUUCUCGUGUGCUAGCCGCAUUCGACUUUGAUAUGACCAUUAUAAAUCAGGACUCGGAUUCAGUGGUCAGUCAAUUGCUGCCUCGGGAGCAGUUCAAUGCCGAUCUGUUGGGUCUGGUCCAGCGGUGUGGCUGGGUUGUCUUUAUACGUGAGGUGCUUUUGCUCUUGCAUGAGCGUGGAAUAAAAUCCUUAGAUAUUGGAAAUGUGGUGCGACGGAUUCCUGCUGUUCCGGGCAUGUUGCGACUGUUGCGCAAGCUGGCAAGGCAACCCUCACUGGACAUGUUCAUCAUAAGCGACGCCAAUUGCUUCUUUAUCGAGGAGUGGCUUUUAGCGCAUGGUGUGCGCCAUUUGUUUUCCGGAAUCAUCUCGAAUCCGGCCACCGUUGAGGCACAGGGUGAGGUGAUGGUCUGGCCCUAUGAAGAGCAGACGCAUUGUCAGCAUUGUCCCCGAAACCUCUGCAAGGGCUCCGCACUGCACGAGUUGUUGAGUAGCGAAUGUUAUGAGCGGGCCAUCUAUGUGGGGGACAGCUGCAACGAUUUGUGCGCCAUAAUGAGAUUACGGCCCAUGGACCUAGCCUGCAUACGCCUAGGACUGGAACUGCAUAGCAAGUUAAAGACACAUAUGAAUGCCAUUAAGUCCAGUGUGUUGCUAUUUCGUGAUGGACACGAUCUGUGCGAGCUUCUCUUCCCCGCUAAUUCCCGCACCAUACAAUUUCAACCCCAAAAUCAUUACAUUCACAGUUAAUUUGUAUUGUAAGGCAAAAUUAUUAAUGCUGCUGUUUUAUUCGACGACUUACAUAUGCUUAAAGAAAAUAUUAUAUCAUAAUAUAGGUUUAAUUUGUG